AACGCACAUGAAUACAAUGCGUCAAAUGUGAUGUGUGACAGUUGUUGUUUUCUAUAUGGUUAUACAAUAAAUAGUUCGCAGUCGCAAUUCAUGAAAAAAAAAAAUUGACGGCAUUCAAUGAAUAAAAGAAUAGACGGUGUGGUGCAUGGUCAAUAAUAGUUGCGCGUCUUUUUUUUACGUUUUGUAAACUUAAAAGAGAAGUGGAGAUUCAUUCGAACGAUUUGUGAAUUUCAUCAAAAGUCUAAAAGUGAAGUUAUUGUUUUCAAUAGCAUUGAUUUUUGUUUUGGACAGAGUGCAAAAAGGAUUUUUUUUUCGAACGGAAGGGAGCAUUUUUUAUGAAGGACACUGAUACAAUUGUGAGAUUUUCUGUUUCUGCUGCAAUUCAAAAUUGUUGAUGUCCGUAUGACGAAAUAACUUGAAAAAGUUGGCAAUGUCAUAUUUCAUUUUGAAUCAAUUGCGAUGCUGUCGAAGUCGUAUAAAUCUUAACAAACGAUAUGGAUUGUGUGGUCAACAGCAACCCCAACAACAACAGGUGCUAAAUUACAGUAGUACCAAUAAAGAUGAUGACGGCGGUAAUGACAAGGAGUCUGGAUGGAAAGCGACGCAUCAUCGUCAUGGUCUGGGCCAGACCGUCGUUUUGGUGCAACAAGGUGUUGACAUUCAGGAGUUGCCAAUCAUUGUGCGUCAUUACGGUGAAAAUGAAAUUACCACAUUUACGUCCAAUAAAAUCCCAUUUAAAUUUCACCAACAAGAUGACGAAACACAUAAAUCGUUACACAGCGAAAAUGCAUCGAUGGCCACUGACGAAAUUGCCGCCAAUGCAACAAAUACCAAUUCCACCGCUGCUGCUGCAGUAGCAGCACACAUAUCCGCCUCGUCAAAUAGUACAAAUGUGUUUAUAAACCCUGUAACCGAUUGUGAUACACUCAUUAAAAUUUUGGAAAAAUGUGAGACUGGUGAAAAUGUAUUGCAAUUGAUUGCAUCAUUGCCCGAACAUGAGCUUGAAUCGGACACGCUUGUUUUUGCAUUUGAAAAAUGUGUACGCAUUGAAACGAUGCAAAUGCUUAAAUUGUUUGAAACCAACAACGAACAAUAUCAACAUUUAUUGAGACAUUUGUAUCGUGUAUGCGAUACAAACACAUUAUUGAAUAUAUUAAAUCAAUUGCAAUCAAUGCUAUACAUGAAUCAAUCGAUUGACCAAAUAUGUGAUGAAAUCUUAAUUCGAACUGCAGAUGGUUGUCUUAGCAUAAUGGAAAUAUGCGAGGCUGUACAUCGUUUUGUUGAAUGUAAACGUUUUGCUGGCGCUGAAAAAUUUUGGGCUGGCCUAUCGGACGGAAGUGCAAACAUCAAUGAGAAUAAUAUUAAAUUUGUAUUUGAAAUUUUGCCAAAAUUAAAGGUCAGCCGUCGAAUGGUGGUUGGCAUCCUUGAUCGUCGAAUCAUUGAAGUAUUUCCAUUGCUCAAAUCGGACGCGGUGCACGAUAUUAUGGAAGCGAUAAAACAGUGCCAUUUUAGUGGACAUUCAACAUGCACCCUGAAAGCAAUCACACGAUGGUUAAAUGUUAACAUUCAUGCGGUGAAUGAAACGCAUCUUGAGCAAAUUGUACAUUGUUUGACCGCCUUGAAUUAUUCCGAUUCGGAUUUAGAAAGUGCCAUUGAACGUUAUAUGAAAGCAAAAGCAACAAAAGUCAAAUCACAAACGUUGAUCGUUGAAAUGCUCAAGCAUGUUGAGAUGGCCCGUCUUAUAAAUUCACACAUUUUAAACGGUUGCAGUGAAUUUUUUAUCAAAGAAUGUGCAAACAUUGAUGCCGGCUAUUUACGUGACAUUGUUUGUCCAUUUGGUAAAUUACAAUUUCAACCAUUUAAUAAGCAAUCGUUUUGGACCAGCAUUGAAAUGCAAUUGGAGAAAAAUUUUAAUAAAAUCUCAGCGGUACAUAUUGUUGACAUUUUAUUGGCGACCGUUUCACUUAAAUUAUAUCCCGUGAAUUUUAUGGGUCGAGUGUUCAAUAGACAAUUCAUGCAUUUAUUGCAUAGCAGAACGCCAAUGAAUGAAUUGCCAAUGGUUCGUUCAAAGCUCAAAAUAUUGGACAUUGCAUUGACAUUGGAAUGCAAUGAAUAUCAAGGACCGUUACUACCACGACAAUUUGAGAGACUAUGCAUUGAUAAUCGCAUCAAACAAAUCAUCAAUGACAAUUUGGAUAUAAUUACAUCGGUUGCCAGUGGUAAAACAUCAUUUUCAAUAUUACAAGUUCCACAAUUGCUACCAAUUUGCAAUUUAUAUGCAAUCGAUAUACUAUUUCAUCCGCCCGGUCUCAGUUUACAUAAUUAUAAUAAGGACAAGGAUCGAAACAUUCUAGUCGCCGCUUUGAUUCAUCUACCAGAACAUUAUGAUGCGAGCGGCAAAUAUUUGAUAGGCGAACAACAAAUGCGUAUUCGACAUUUACGUCAUAUUGGCCUCAAAGUUGUUUCACUGCAAUACACGGUUAUGCGGAAGCUCAGCAUGCAUCGCAAAGAACUUUAUGAAUACAUUGCCAAACAAUUGAAACACACACUACCAGCCAUUGAACCAAUUGCAAAUGAAUAAAAGAAAAACAAUAUACACACACAUACACAAAUUUGUUAAGUUUUCUUAAUUCUAAAUAAUAUUUCUAAAAAUAAAGACAAAAGCUCAAAGCAAUUCAUUAAAUACAUCAUUUUUUCCCCUCUAAAUUUAUAAAAAAAAGAAUAAUUCUAAACAUAAAUUAAAAGUCUUUGCCAAUGUAAUACAAAGAA